GAGGAGGAAGCCGUCUCAUUCAAACCCGCGCCUCCGCGACCCGGGGUGGCUCGGGCCUGGGGGUGGCCUGCGUGGGACCACGAUCGGCCUCCAAACCCGGUAACGGUCCUCCUGAAGGGGAAGGCCAGAGCGCGCGCUGCAGCGAAGCCUCCCCCAAAUCCUGAUUUGUGAGCGGAGAGCGCUCGCGCUGCUCAGUGAGGUAGGAGCUUCUUGCUUUCCAUUUUCGGAUAAAUGACACUUCCUGCAUUAAGUUCCUGCUGCCUUUUAUCCGUUCGUGUGAUUUACAAAUUUAGCUCUUCCAUUGCUCUUUCGAUCUUCUUCCUCCGUCGGCGUCCUUAUUGUCGCCAGUUCUGUCUCCCUCUCGGAUCGGAUCGUUCUCCCCAGCACUCUACUGUGGUUCUGCAUGUUCCUGCAGUUACGAAGUGUUUCCGGCGCCGCUACGCGGGUCCCAGCUGUCCUGAACGCGCAGGAUGGCCUUGGCCGCGCACUGCGUCAUCUGCUGCAGGAGAGCGGGGGCCGCCGCUCGGGAGCCGCCGGACAGGAGCCCGCGCUGGAGAGAUGUCCGAAAUAUAAUAAAGUUUACUGGAUCACUUAUUUUAGGCGGUUCUUUAUUUCUUACAUAUGAAAUCUUGGCCCUGAAGAAGUCUUUGACAUUAGACACUCAAGUGGUAGAAAGAGAAAAAAUGAAGUCAUACAUAUACAUGCCCACUGGUUCUUUAGGUAAAAGAGAAAGUUAUGGAAUCACCUACCAGGCAAGAAAAGAACUUCACAAAGCAGUAAGAAAAAUACUGGCAGCCUCAGCCAAGAUAUUUCGGAGCCCGUUUGCUGACACGCUCGGCACAGCGGACGUGGAGGACCACGAGUGCGCCGUGUGGCUGCUGCUGCGGCGGAGCCGGGCCGGGGACCAGGCCGAGCGGGCGCAGGCCGUGCGGGAGCUGGCCCGGGUGCGCCACUGGCACGAAGUCGCCUUGUUGAUGGUGCCCGUGGCCAGCGAUGACAAGACCUGUCUCCCGCCUGGCGGCUUAUGGUGUUUUGGAGGAAAUGGACUUCCUUAUGCCGAAAGUUUUGGAGAAGUUCCUUCAGUCACAGUGGAAAUGUUCUGUUUAGAAGCUUUAGUGAAACAUUCUGAGAUCGCCUCGCACUGUGACCAGAUCGAAGCGGGCGGCGGCCUGCAGCUGCUCCAGCGGCUGUACAGGCUCCACAGGGACUGCCCCAGCGUGCAGAGGGACAUUCUGCGCGUGGUCGGGAACAUGGCGCUGAACGAGCGGCUCCACGCCCCCAUCGUGUGCUCAGGCUGGGUCUCCAUACUGGCAGAAGCCAUGAAAUCUCCCCAAAUUAUGGAGGCCUCGCACGCCGCCAGAACCCUGGCUAACCUGGACCGCGAGACGGUGCGAGAGAAGUACCCCGACGGCGUGUACGUGCUGCACCCCCAGCACCGCACCAGCCAGCCCAUUAAAGCAGAUGUCCUUUUUAUUCAUGGCCUCAUGGGGGCAGCGUUUAAAACGUGGCGCCAGCAGGACAAUGAACGAACUUUACUUGAGAAGAUUCCGGAGGAUGAAGCCAGGUACACGACGUGUUGGCCCAAGACGUGGCUGGCAAGAGACUGUCCCGCUCUCCGAAUUAUCUCUGUGGAGUAUGACACCAGCCUGAGUGACUGGAGAGCGAGGUGCCCCAUGGAGAGGAAGUCUAUUGCAUACAGGAGCAACGAACUUCUGGGGAAGCUCAGAGCCGCCGGCGUCGGGGACCGCCCCGUGGUCUGGGUGUCCCACAGCAUGGGGGGUCUUCUUGUCAAAAAGAUGCUGCUGGAAGCCUCUAAGAAGCCAGAAAUGAAUGCCGUUGUAAAUAACACCCGCGGCAUCAUUUUUUACAGUGUCCCGCACCACGGCUCCCACCUGGCCGAGUACUCUGUUAACGCUCGCUAUCUUCUCUUUCCCUCUUUGGAAGUCAAAGAACUCAGCAAGGAUUCUCCUGCACUCAAAGCACUACACGAUGACUUUCUGGAGCUGGCUAGAGACAGAAACCUCCAGGUGCUGAACUUCGUGGAGACGCGGCCAACCUCCAUAGGCAGCAUGAUCAAACUGCACGUGGUGCCCGUGGAGUCGGCAGAUUUAGGUAUUGGCGAUCUGAUUCCUGUGGAUGUCAAUCAUCUAGACAUUUGUAAGCCAAAGAGGAAGGAUGCUUUUUUGUACCAACGCACCUUACAAUUCAUCCGUGAAACUUUAGCGAAAGACCUCGAAAACUGACCGUUGUCUUCUGGUUUUCAAUCGUGACCCCAGUGCAGGCCGCCGGGCGAGUGCUCUCCAGGGUCUCCGCAGCCGCGCAGCCUUCGUCAGGACGCCCGCGUAUCUGGGCACGUGCCGGCGACAGCACUCGUCCUGUAAAGCACAGACGCAGCUUGGCGAGGGGGAGGCCUCACGGGCUCUGGCUCGGGGACUCCCGUGUGUGCCCGUUUGUGGCGCGGUGUCGCCCCCCGCCACAGGAGCAGCAGGUGGAGGGGCCCUGUGUCACCUUGGCCUCACGGAGGGGAGGGCGGCAGCGGCACUCGGGGCUCCUGCAGGGCGCGCCUCAGCCACCGGACAGGCCCUGGGGAGGAGGAGCAUGAGCCGGCACUGAAAAGACUUCUGCGCUUCCCUGCUUUGAGGAACAUGUCCGCGUCGCCUUUGUCCAGCGUGUUAGUACUGCCAGGCCUGCUGUCCGCGGGGUCCUCCGUGUGAGCUUUCAUUUCAGACUGCUGGGGAACAAAUGUUUCCCGUGAAAAAGCCUCGCCCCUGUUCCGCCCAGCCCGCAGGACCCGUGCUCGGCGUUUCCCAGGGGAGGACACAGCCGCUGAUCCACUGUCUGCAGUAGCUGCACUUGGCAUCAGGACUCUCGGACUCUCGCUAAAUAAAGUUGGUCAGGGCCUUGAAUGAUGUGUAUUAGUUCCAUGUCUUUUUGUUAUAGGUUGAUGAGAAAACAGUCUCUGGGAAGUGACUUUAUUCAACGACUUGCUUUCAUUUUAUGCCAUUUCACGUGAAAUCUGAGUUUACCAGACUAUUGAGGAGUCAGUGAGGACUUGCUGGAUACCUUUCUUGCUCAUCUGAAGAAAGGGUAUUUCCUCCAGCACGUAGGAAAUUGGAACAGCCAUUCAGGCCUUUUACAAAAAUAAAUACAGUGCUACUGAUCAUGUAAUCUCACACCGUAAACCCCCCUUUCCCGGAUAGGUCAUUGAUUCCAGCAUAUUCGCAGAGCUGGCUACGUCGGCACUCGCCGAGUCAGAACUUUCAUCCCCCGACAGGCCCAGACCAUCGGCGGACGCUGACCCAGCUCUGCCUCCGCGGGGUGGCCCUCAGCGGCUUCCCGGACGGCGCCCUGCGGCCUUUGUGUCCAGCUGCUGCGGGGGGCUCCAGGCCCCUCCGCGACGUCGUGUCCACCGUGCGUUUCUCUUCUCCAUGGCCAUGUGUUCCAUGUGUGGACACGCGUUUUAAUGUUCUCGUCAGCUGGCGGUCGUCCGGGUUCUUCCACUUUUGGCUGCUCUGAGCGCUGCUCUGACAUUUAUGCACAGCGUUUGUGUGGGCAUGCGGCUUCCAUUCUUUGGGGCAUACUGUAGGUGUGGAAAUGCUGGGCCACGUUAAGCUUGUGCUUAUUUUGAAGGUGAUGGACAUCUGUAGAAGGGAGACUCGAAGCUAAAACUGGGGUACCGCAUCUCAAGGUCAGUGGGGUCUUCAGUGAAGUCCUGUCAUAGCUAACUGGAGACGUCACCACGGGUCUGGUCACACAGCUGUAGUAGUGUGAUGGUAGCUAACAGCAAGGGGGGCUCGCUGUGUGCUGACGUGGGGACGUCAUGGAAACACGUUUGGUUCUGUUGUCCAUGGACCAUGAUGGAUAAAUCACGGUUGACGUAACUGUUCACUAACAGAGCGAUGGCUGAAGUACCACUCCUUAACAGCGAAUGUAGCCACAAGAGCUUUUCUUUUACACCUAAGGCUCGAGGGAGAGAGACUGUACCACGAAGUUAUUCAGUGUUCCUGGCAAGUCAUUUAAAAAUCCUUUCUGCUCUGAAAUGGAUGGAAGGUACAGGGGUUACUUUAGCAGUUUGAGAUUGAAGUCAAUGUUUUAAAACAAUUCUCACUUGAAAAAAACAGUUUAUGGACACAAAGUAUAAAAACCAGUGUUUGAAAUAGUUUUAAACUUGGACCAUCAGUAAAACUCCAGUCAGCCUUAUUUAUAUAUCCUCCCUGGGAAACAAUUUCCAGUGAAACAUACUGCUUUUCCUCUAUGUGCAAAUCUCUUUUAAGGAUCUUGUGCAAGAAGGACGCAAGCACCAGAGGCGUGUCAGAGCCAGUCGCCCAGACCAGCGUAAGGGAAACUCGUGGACGUGAAGACACUUAAGCUACUUACUACUCUGAGGCACUGUCCAACCCUUGUAGACCCCACAGCUAGCCCUCAAACGUAGGGGCACUCGGUCCCACUUUACCCCAGCCUUUGAUUGUCACCACAGAGGGACAGGCCACGAGCCCUUCUCCACUCUCGGCCAUGCACCCCACUUCCGGCGAAGGCUGAGGCGGCCCGGCCCCGACUCCGGCGAGAACAGCGAGCAGCGAAGUGUUGUGUGUCUCUCUUUUGACCUUGGCCCAUGAUUUACAAUCUCCCUAAAGUUUUGAUUCCUGGGGUUUGAGUUUCAGACACACCUGUUUGAAUUUACCUCUUUGUAAUAUUAAGUAGAUGAGUGAAUGACUUGGUUUUUAUUGACCUUUGGUAUAAAAUAUCAUGUCUGUGUGGGAAAAUGUUCAAUAAAUGUCGUUUUGAAGUACUCAAUAUCACUGAUGUUCCCUUAUACUGAGAUGAUGAACACUCCCAAUUACUAAUCACUUAAAAGCUAUUGGAAAUUUGCUU